GGGGCACCAAGGAAGGCUCCGUAACUGAGAAAUUGGGGUUACUGUAAGCGGGACCCAGGCCCCAAAAUACUCCAGAAGAGUGCUCUCGGGAGUGGCCCUGUGAAGGAGUUUGGAAGAAAUUGGGAAUUGCGUCCUUGGCAUAGUUUUGGAAACGGUGGGGGAGGUUCACCCAGAAGUCAGCCUCCUGGGCCAUGUCGAUGUUAAAGCCUGUGUCUUCUGAGCGCCAGCAGAACCCAAGUGGACUAGUGGAUGAUUCCUCUUGUCUGAGCAAGAGAUGGCAUGAUACCUGGAAUCUGCCUACCACGAGCCUCUGAGCUUUAGAAGCCAGCUGGAUGAAGGGAUGUAAUAGGCGCCUGGGAGGGACACUGAAGUCAGCAGUGGGGGGGGGGAGGGGCCUGGACACACCCCUUCCCCCCCAGACUCCUCCCGGUCAGGGUCCACCUGGCCAUGGACUUUGGACCUGGAUAAGUGGAGAGAAGCUGUGCUUUGGUGGACCUGAGUCUCAGUUUUGAAAAUGGAGAGUUAGGGGGGUGGGGGUGGGGGCCUUGUUGAUCUCCAGGGGAGCUAUUGAGAGAAGCAAAGAAAGGUACAUGGCUUCUUCCUAGUCCCAGUCCAGAAGAAUAAACCCUUAGACUGGGGAAGUGAGCCAGGCAAGCCAAAGGCAGCCUUGAGCCCUCCCCUUGCCUGCCCUCCCCUGUGGGGGCCAGGAUGCUGAAGAAGCAGUCUGCAGGGCUUGUGCUUUGGGGUGCUAUCAUCUUUGUGGGCUGGAAUGCCCUGCUGCUCCUCUUCUUCUGGACACGCCCAGCCCCUGGCAGGCCCCCUUUAGACAGUGCUCUCGAUGACGACCCUGCCAGCCUCACCCGUGAGGUGAUCCGCCUGGCUGAGGACGCUGAGGUGGAGUUGGAGCGGCAGCGGGGACUGUUGCAGCAAAUCAGGGAGCACCAUACUUUGUGGAACCAGAGGUGGAAAGUGCCCACUGUGGCCCCUCCAGCCUGGCCCCGUGUGCCUGUGACCCCCUCACCACCUGUGAUCCCCAUCUUGGUCAUUGCCUGUGACCGCAGCACUGUCCGGCGCUGCUUGGAUAAGUUGUUGCACUAUCGACCCUCAGCCGAGCAUUUCCCUAUCAUUGUCAGCCAGGAUUGUGGGCACGAGGAGACAGCACAGGUCAUUGCUUCCUACGGCAGUGCAGUCACACACAUCCGGCAGCCAGACCUGAGUAACAUCGCUGUGCAGCCAGACCACCGCAAGUUCCAGGGUUACUACAAGAUCGCCAGGCACUACCGCUGGGCACUGGGUCAGAUCUUCAACAAGUUCAAGUUCCCAGCAGCUGUGGUAGUGGAGGAUGAUCUGGAGGUGGCACCAGACUUCUUUGAGUACUUCCAGGCCACCUACCCACUGCUGAGAACAGAUCCCUCCCUUUGGUGUGUGUCUGCUUGGAAUGACAACGGCAAGGAGCAGAUGGUAGACUCGAGCAAACCUGAGCUGCUCUAUCGAACAGACUUUUUUCCUGGCCUUGGCUGGCUGCUGUUGGCUGAGCUGUGGGCAGAGCUGGAGCCCAAGUGGCCCAAGGCCUUCUGGGACGACUGGAUGCGUAGACCUGAGCAGCGGAAGGGGCGGGCCUGUAUUCGUCCAGAAAUUUCUAGAACGAUGACCUUUGGCCGCAAGGGUGUGAGCCAUGGGCAGUUCUUUGACCAGCAUCUUAAGUUCAUCAAGCUGAACCAGCAGUUCGUGUCUUUCACCCAGUUGGACUUGUCAUACCUGCAGCGGGAGGCUUAUGACCGGGAUUUCCUUGCCCGUGUCUAUGGUGCCCCGCUGCUACAGGUGGAGAAAGUGAGGACCAACGAUCAGAAGGAGCUGGGGGAGGUGCGGGUACAGUACACGAGCAGAGACAGCUUCAAGGCCUUUGCUAAGGCCCUGGGUGUCAUGGAUGACCUCAAGUCUGGUGUCCCCAGAGCUGGUUACCGGGGCAUUGUCACUUUCCAGUUCCGGGGCCGGCGUGUCCACCUGGCACCCCCACGUUCCUGGGAAGGCUAUGAUCCUAGCUGGAAUUAGCAGCACCUGCCUUUCCCUGCUGGUUCUCCUUCCAUAUCAUGAGCUGGGGCAUCCUGUCAGUGUUUCCCUCUUGGGUCUAUAUAUCUCCCAUUUCUGUGUUCCCCCCUCUCCCCGUGGCAUUCUAGUGCAUAAAUCAUGAUGAGGGUUAUACUCCUGUUGUCCAAGGAGUCACCAGGAGAACUAUUGUGUGGUGUAGUUGGGGUAUUGAACAAGAAGCCACUGUGUGGUACGGGGAGGCUUGGGCUUGUUGGGGCCAGGGUGUCCUGAGUUCUCGAAGGGCAUCUGCAGAGAGCUUGGCAGCUGCAGCUCUCUUGACCAAGCCUGUUUCCCCUGACCUGGCUCCUGUCACACUUGAGCCCACCUAAUGCACCUGUUCCCCUUUCUCCUCCUUCCCCCAGGGUGGGGCUGGGAUAUGGAAGAAGGAUUGGGUUUGUGGCCAAAUGAGACUAACCAAAGGGGUUUCACUGUCAGGGUCAGAUUGGAGUUGCUGGGGUGCCAGGGGUCCCUGCCUCCCGGCUUCUCUCAGAGCUCUUCUCCAGCAGGGGAGCAGUCUGUGGCUGUGAGACAGGAAGUGCUGGAGCCAGUCGUCAGGAAGCUGUGGGGAGGAGGGCCUGUGCUCGGCACCCUCCUAUUUGAAAGUCGGCUCCCCCUGUUCUUUAGGAGGACUCAGUGGUGGAAGACGGGGAGUGACAUCCGCGCCUCUUUUCCCCUGGGCUUUGGUGAGGAGGCUCCUCCCUGCUGGCUGGCUCUUGGUGACUGUCUCAGAGCAAAGUACACCAGUAGCUGAGACCAGGACAUCUCUGGCUCCAAAGCAGCUCCUGCCCUGCCUUCCUCAGCAUCCCUACAUCUCCCCCGCCAAGAUGCAGGUAGCAGGUUGGACAGAAAUCUGUGUGUUUUUGUUUGUUGCCUGACCUUAGUUUCAUGGAAGAAAAUGGAAUCUACAGAAUUAUUUUCAAAAAUAAAGUAAAGGCUGAAUUGUCUGAAAAAAAAAA